AUGGUGGAUCAGCUCCAGGGAACAUGGAAAUCUAUGUUUUGUGAAAAUUUUGAAAAAUACAUGAAAGAAUUGGGAAUAGGGAGAACAAGCAGGAAACUGGGCUGCCUGGCAAAACCCACCGUCAAAAUCAGUACAAAUGGAGAUGCAAUCACUAUCAAAACCAAAAGCAUCUUCAAAAAUAAUGAGAUCUCUUUUAAACCAGGAGAAGAGUUUUUAGAAAGCACACCAGGUGGCCAUAAAACCAAGAGCACUGUAACCUUAGAUAACAACUCCUUGAUUCAGGUUCAGAACUGGAAUGGCAAGGAAAUCACCAUAAGGAGAAAGUUGGUGGAUAGGAAAAUGAUGGUGGAAAGUACAGUGAACAAUGUUAUCUGCACUCAGACAUAUGAAAGAAUAUAA